GACUGGGACUUCUCAUCUUCUGGUGUCUUUUCUGGGCUGAAGAUUGACCCUGAUACCCUAGUAAAGAAGCUUGACUUGGACUCCAGAAGCAUCAUUUCCUCCAGAACAGGUUUCGAAGAAAAGACAGUUCUUUCAAAGAAAGAAAAGAUGAAGCUGAGGAAGGAGAGGUGGCUGCAGAAAAUAGAAAGUGUGAAAAUAGCCAAGGAGAAGCAAAAAGCCAAAGCGAAGCGGAAAGCAACACCUGUGGUGGGAGACAUGCAGCCACUGAUGGAAGCCCUACCUGAGCUCUCUGACCUGGCCACGGGUGGCAGGGGCAGGAAAGCACCCAAGAGCUGUGCAAAGGUAAAGGCAGAACCAAUAGACUUCUGUCUGAUGAAACAGGCUCAGAAACAUCGACUCCUAGAGGAGGAAGUGGCUCGGUUUCAUGAGGUAAUCACUGAUCCCAAGUACAGAGCCAACCCCUUCAUGGCCAUCGGUGAGCACCUCUCCAAGAGGCUGAGGCAGGAGGAAGAAGGGAAACCCCUUUAG